GGGUUCCUCGCGCACAGCUGUUUUGCGGCAAACGUGUUGUAAAAAAGUAAAUAGAUAAUUUCGUGUUAAAAAAAUAACAUUUAUUGUGCAAGAAAAUUGAUUAAAUUAAAGAUUAAAAAAUGGACAAACAAGUACAGAGUGCAUUGUCACAAAUUUUGGACAUGGAAAUCCCCGAGGAAAUGGUUCAGCACAUUUUGAGUCUCAAGUCUACAAAUGAAGUUGAUGAUUACUUCAGUAGCCUCCUGGAUUACUCCUCCAAGGAACAUGUUCAAUUUGUUGAGGAUUUCAAAGAGAUGCGCUUCAAGCAAAAGGCAAAGGAUGCAAAGAAAAAGGGAGCAAUUGCUAAAACAACAGAGGGGAAAAAUGAAAAUAAGCCUGAGCGUGGAGAAAAGUCCAAGAAGAAGAAUAAAUUCACAAAUUUGUACAACAAGCAGGGAAAUGUCGCGGAAAUUAUGCUCAGAGGACGUCAUUUGUGCAAUUGCCAAGCGUCUAAGCAUAAAUUAAUUAAUAACUGCUUGAGUUGUGGGAGGAUUGUUUGUGAGCAAGAAGGUCCAGGACCUUGCUUAUUCUGCGGGGUUGCAGUUCGGCGCCCUGAGGACAUGGAAUCAGUUGAAUAUGAUCAAAAGAACGGCAGAGGGGCUAAGGGAAAGGGUGCAAAGGAAGCUCUAGAGCAGAGAGAUAGACUCUUGGGGUACGAUAGGCAGAGUGAGAAGAGAACAACGGUGAUUGAUGAUGAGUCUGACUACUUCAAAACCCAUUCAGUGUGGCUAUCAGAUCAGGAGCGGGAGAAGCUGCGGAAGCUUGAAGAUGAACUGCGGGACAGGAAGCAUGCCAAUCGCCUACGGCAUAAGUAUAAAUUUGACUUUUCCGGACGUCAAAUUCUCGAUGAUGACGACACAAUUGACUACGAUGCAUAUCAAAGCAUUGAUAGUGCAGAAAAGUCCUCGAAACAUAUGACUUCUGGCCCUCCUGGCAGGGAGAUUGAGCUUAAACUUCCAAAUAUGGAAGAUACUUUCCCGGAAUUGCUUCCAGAACAAAUGAAUCAUACAAAAUGCCCCACAUUGAAGGUUCAGGAUAAGACAUUCCUUGAAAUAUCCGAUCAAGGGCUGUGCCUGUCGAUGCAUCAACCCUGGGCAUCACUCCUUGUGGCUGGAAUUAAGAAACACGAAGGACGCUGUUGGUAUACAUCACACCGUGGACGUCUCUGGAUUGCUUCCACAGCAAAACCCCCCAAUCCGGAUGAAGUGAAGGAAAUUGAGGAUUUCUACAGGCGCUACUACGAUGAUAAAUCCCUGAAAUUUCCCACUCUGUACCCCAGUGGUAGUCUCCUUGGGCACGUUACGGUGGAUGAUUGUCUUUCACAGGAAGACUACUUGGUUGACUACCCGAGUGGAGAAUCUGAGAGCCCCUAUGUCUUCAUAUGCACGAAUCCCAUUCAACUUCCCGUGAUUUUUCCCAUUAGUGGCAAACAUAAAAUUUAUAAACUAGAUAGCAAUAUUCAUGUUGCUGCACUGAGGGCUUUGCAGAAGAGUGGGAGGCUCUAAGAAUUUCCCGGAGGUUCAAUGAUUCCUAAUCUUGAUAAUUUUUCCAACAUUUCCAAUGAAAUUAAAUAUUAUUUGCGGAA